UUCAGCAUCUUCAUGAUACAGUGAAGAGGAAUCUUGACAGCGCUGCCUCCCCUCAGAAUGGUGAUCAACAGAAUGGCUAUGGAGACCUAUUUCCUGGGCAUAAGAAAACCCGCCGGGAGGCCCCUCUGGGUGUCGGUGUGUCUGCCAAUGGGCUUCCUCCUGCCUCACCCCUUGGUCAGCCUGACAAACCUCCUGGGGGUGAUGCCUUGCAGUCUGGGGGGAAGCACUCCCUGGGGCUAGAUUCCAUCAACAAGAAGUGCCUGGCAGACUCGAGUAUCCACCUGAAUGGAGGCAGCAACUCCAGUGAGCCAUUUCCUCUAAGCCUGAGUAAAGAACUCAAGCAAGAGCCAGUGGAUGACCUGCCAUGCAUGAUCACAGGGGCUGGAGGCUCUGUAUCCCAGAGCAAUCUCAUGCCUGAUCUCAACCUUAAUGAGCAGGAGUGGAAGGAGCUCAUUGAAGAGCUGAACAGGUCGGUGCCCGACGAAGACAUGAAAGAUCUGUUUACUGAGGACUUUGAGGAGAAGAAGGAUCCAGAGCCCCCUGGGUCUGCCACACAAACCCCCUUGGCUCAGGACAUUAAUAUUAAGACUGAGUUCUCUCCAGCAGCCUUUGAGCAGGAGCAGUUAGGUUCUCCACAAGUGAGGGCUGGGUCUGCAGGACAGACUUUUCUGGGACCUUCAUCUGCCCCUGUGGGCACAGAUGCUCCAAGCCUUGGGAACUCUCAGACUUUGUUUCACACCACUGGUCAACCUGGAGUGGACAAUCCCAGUCCAAAUCUGAUGCCGGCAUCAGCCCAGGCCCAGAGUGCACAAAGAGCCCUCACAAGUGUGGUAUUGCCUAACCAAGGCCCAGGAGGGGCCUCAGAGCUCUCUUCUGCUCAUCAGCUCCAGCAGAUAGCUGCCAAGCAGAAGCGUGAGCAGAUGCUGCAGAAUCCACAGCAAGCUGCCCCAGCACCUGUCCCAGGCCAGCUGUCCACAUGGCAGCAGGCGGGGCCCUCCCACAGUCCCUUAGAUGUCCCUUAUCCCAUGGAGAAGCCUGCCAGCCCUCCUGGCUAUAAGCAAGACUUUACCAACUCAAAACUGCUCAUGAUGCCAGGUGUAAACAAGAGUUCUCCUCGGCCAGGAGGCCCCUACCUCCAACCUAGCCACUCGAACCUGCUGAGUCACCAGUCACCAAAUAACUUGAAUCAGACCUCUGUGAAUAACCAAGGCUCUGUGCUAGACUAUGGCAAUACAAAGCCCCUUUCUCAUUACAAAGCAGACUGUGGACAAGGUGGCCCUGGGUCUGGCCAAAACAAACCAGCUUUGAUGGCCUAUCUGCCCCAACAGCUGCCCCAUCUGAGUAAUGAGCAGAACUCCUUGUUUCUGAUGAAACCAAAGCCAGGAAACAUGCCCUUCCGGUCACUGGUUCCACCUGGCCAGGAGCAGAACCCCUCCAGUGUCCCUGUACCAGCCCCGACUGCCAGCGUGGGGACUCAGCCUAGUGUGUCUGUGGCCAGCACUCAUAGCAGCUCCCCAUAUCUCAGCAGCCAGCAGCAGGCAGCUGUGAUGAAGCAGCACCAGCUGAUCCUGGACCAGCAGAAGCAGCGGGAGCAGCAGCAGCAGUUUCUUCAGAGGCAGUACCUCCUGGCUGAGCAGGAGAAGCAACAGUUUCAGCGUCAUCUGACCCGCCCACCUCCCCAGUACCAAGACCCAACACAAAGCACCUUCCCACAGCAGGUUGGACAGUUCCCAGGACCUUCUGCUGCUGUGCCUGGCAUGAACAACUUGGGUCCAUCCAAUUCCAACUGUCCUCGAGUGUUCCCUCAGCCUGGGACUCUGAUGUCAAUGGGUCCUGGACAUGGCCCUGUUUCCUCUCUCCCCGCCAGCUCAGGCCAGCAGGACCGAGGAGUGUCCCAGUUUACUGGGUCCCAGAGCUUGCCUCAGAACAGCCUUUAUGGCAUGGCCUCUGGCCUCGCCCAGAUAGUUACCCAGCCCCCACCACAGGCUA